CCUCUCCGCUCGAACAGGCGAGGUCGCAAAGGAGCGGGCGCCGCGGCUCAUCGGCCGGCGCCCGGCCCGCGGAGCGGCGGGAAAUUCGGCAGGCGCGCCAGCAGGUGGGAGGAGGGAGGGCGAGGACGACGACGAGAAGAAGGGGAGGGGGGAGGCCGAGGGAAGAGGGGGGGUGCAUC